AUUUUCAAGUUUAGUUUACUCGCAAGCUUUGAACAGCGCGAACACAAAAACACCAGCAAACAGAAAACAAUAAAACCCGUCGCAAGUGAAGCGAAGCGUGUGCUUCAAGCGCAGAUUUUUUUAUAGAGUCGUCAAACAACAACAAGUGAAUCGAGUUUCAUCAAAGACACUAGACAACAGCGUAUCUCAGCGCCCCCACUGCUUUAUUUUAAAGCCCACCAAAAUGAGUCCGUCAAAUCUGAGACUCUACUGCAUCGCAAUCGCUUGCUUGCUGUUAUCGAAUUGUCUGUUUGUGGACGCUAAACGUUUCAGCAGCGGUCGAAGCAGGUCCAGCAGCAGCAGCAGUUCGUACUCAUCACGUCGCACCUCAUCGCCGUCGUCGUCGUCGUCGUCGCAUAGCUCUUAUGGCGGUGGUUACACUUCACACACAUCCUCCUCGUCAGCAUCGCGUCCCUCUUAUACCCAUUCGGAUGCUUCGAAACUCAGCUACAGUGGCAACACUUAUACGGCACCCAAACCGCAAAGCUCCGUAACCAGCCACACGCAAUCACGUCCGGCCGCCUCGUCACCACCUAUCGGUUGGAAUGUACCCAAAUCACAAGGUCCACCACCAGCCUACUCGCCAACCAACCCAGUGGGCGGUGCACGCACUAAUAUACACGAGCCACCGCCAUCCUAUAAAGCCACGGCGCCUGUAGCUACGGCACCUGUUUCAUCAUCAGUAUACAGGGCCAGUGCGCCGCCACCAAAUUAUUCCGCCGCAACGAAUACGGCCAACCGUGGCUUAAUGACGCCAGCACAAACAUACAAUCCCAGUGCACCGGUUUCCUCUACUAACUAUCGCGGCUCAAUGACACCCGCACAAACAUACAAUCCAAGCGCAGCGGCUUCCCCUAAUAACUACCGCGGUUCGAUGACACCGGCGCAGACUUAUAGGCCAAGAGCAAAUUCAACAGGUUUCGGCAGUGGCUCAAAUACACCAAUUCAGCGUACUAAUGUGCAGGGCGUACAAUCUAGUUAUCCCCAACAGAGUUUACCUGCAGGUGCAACGUAUUACAAUUCGGCAUCGCAUUUACCAGCUGGUGCAACCUAUCACUCAGCCGGUUCCUUGCCGCCUGGCGCGACUUAUCACAGUUCAUUACCUGCGGGUGCAACCUAUCAUCCGGCCGGCUCUACGUAUCAUGCACCUGGUGGUGUGCCUGCCGGUGCUACCUAUUACCCUUCGGCCGGUGCCUUGCCAGCCGGAGCUAGUUAUCACCCAGCAGGACAUGUACCCGCCGGGGCCACAUAUUAUCCCUCAGCUGGUGGGGUGCCAGCCGGUGCCAGUUAUUAUCCAGCAGCAGCAGCAGUGCCAGCUGGCGCAACCUUCCUGCCGGCGGGCUCAUCACUACCGGCUGGUGCAACUUACUAUCCACAGGCGCCUGUGAAAUCCUCAUCCGGUUUAGGAUUCGGUUCUGGUCUGGCCGCCGGCGCAUUGGGUGGCGCUCUGCUGGGCUAUGCACUGACACCAUCACAAACCAAAGUAAUUGAGCGCGUGCCCGCUGGAGGUGGUUACAGCGGUGGCGGUAGCGCUCCACCGGCCAGCGGUGGUGACGAUCGCAUCAUUAUCAUUAAUAAUGGACCUCCGGGAUCAGUUACAACUACGGAUGCCGGCUCCGGUACGACUGUCAUCACUACCAAUGCUGCGGCGCCCGCUGCUGCACCCCAAGCAGUGCCGCAACAAAACUACGCGCCACAAAACUAUGCACCACAGCCGAACAUGGCCCAACAACCUAUUGCACCAAAUUCAGGAGCGCCGCAGUUAGCACCUUUCGGUACUACUCCAACAGAUAAUGGUGGUAAUGUAGCUGCUGCUGUAGGCGGUGCGGCUACCGGUGCGGUUGCCGGUGCAGCAAUCACCGCGGCCGUUGCUCCAACACUUAAUGCCGCACCUGCCCCUACCACUGGUGAGACUGCUCCUGUUGCAAGCGGUGCACCCGUUCCAAACGCAGCUAAUCCGGGUUCAGUGCCAGCACCCGCUCCAGCACCUGGCGCAGCACCUGAACAACCGCCCGCCCCUGGCGGCAUUAUCUGUGUACCAGUCCGUGUCCCUGAACCAGAUCCAGCUGACAGCACAAAGACUAUUGAAGUGGAGAAGAUAGCUUGCUACCCGGCACCACCCCCAGAGGCGACAACACCCGCACCAGUCGCAACGAAUGCAACGGAGGCUGCAGCGGUCACACCCACAGCUAGCAGCGCCACCACACAAACGACAACUAUUGCUCCCACCGUCGCACCGGCUGCCAUUAGCAAUGCGGAAAUUGGCGUACCAUUAGCACCGCUCACCCAACUGGCACCGAUAGAAGUACCAGAGGGUUCUGUCGCCUUGGCGCCGCUCAUCCCGAACAGACAGCCGGAUAUUAUGAAAUUGCCGGGCACUUAUUAUGCUCGCCACUCACACUCCACCGUAGCGCUGGACGAAAGUUCCGGCAUGCUGCGCGCCGGUGCAGCAACCAAUUACGCCAAUUUUGGUAUUGCAACCCUGUUGACACUCGUGGUGGCAUACUGUAUGCACUAAUGCCACAUAAGGGCGUAGAAAUCAAAUGCACGCUGUGGUCUCGCAAACGGGGCGGUGAGUGAGACAGAAAUUAAAGCCAAAAAUACAUAACAGGAAUUCUACGACUAACAGUUACAAUUCGGUCAUUUUAAAGCCAUAAAACCACAAAAGGAAUUCUCUGGAAAGCAUAAACAGAUUAGCGAAAAUGAAAUAUUUUAAGAUAAUUUUCAGUUGUAACUAGAGAACAAAGCUUACACUCUUUUAAUUAUAAAAUAAAUAAUGUGUCUUACGCAAGCAUUGAACAAACAUAUAUAUAUUUUAAACGGAAAACGAUAAAUAAUUUAAAUUUGUAAUUUUAAUAAAGUAUGCAUAAUCGUUUUUAAUA